AUAAUUCCAAUGUGAUAUUUUUGGGAAAGAACUUAAAUUUUGUUUUAGGUUAUUCUUUUGUGCAUCAGAAAUAUAUAGACCAGAUCUACUCCUCCAAAAAGAUAGCCCAUCAGCGGAAAUUGAAGAUGGGUGUAUUCACAGCAGUUUGGCAGCUUUCAUAAACAGCAGCCAAAAAUAGUCAUAAUCAGCAUGUGGCCAGUGAUGGUGCAAUUCCUGUGGCCAUAAGAAUGAGCAGGUUCCCUCUCGGAGAGCGACAUUUAACUGAAUGUGUCAGCGCUGAUGAUAAUAGAUGCUCAUUACAAACCGCACAGACCGCUAUGUCCUUCAGAAAGCUGAGAGGAGAUGUGCUUGACCUCAACUAACCGUUCUGCCCCACACUCAUUCACCACUAUCAACAGAGUUCAGAAUGGAGGAGGAGGGUCUUUAGGGGGAAAUUAGGAGAAAUGUGGAACAGAACAGUGAUGUAUUGAGCUCACAAGAAGAGAGGCGAGAAAAACAGCGAUGACAGUCAAAAGAGUGGCCUUAUGCUUCCUGAUGAUUCAAAGCAUCUUUAAAGGUAUAAGAGUGAAGGCAAACAAAGUGGAUGUUUGUGCCUCUUGUCAUCAAAACGCUACCUGUGAUGAUAAAACUGACGGAUCUGGGGGGAAAGUGUGCAACUGCAUGUAUGGAUUUGUCGGCAACGGAAGGACUCAUUGCCAAGAUAAAGAUGAGUGUCAGCUGGGUAGAAUCUGUGGCGAUCACACUAAGUGUCACAACACGCACGGCAGCUAUUACUGCACCUGUCUUGCCGGCUACAGCCCGUCCAAUCACAUGAACACAUUCAUACCCAAUGAUGGAACGUACUGCCAUGAUCUGGACGAGUGCAGCGUGCAGGGGGUCUGUGGUGAAGGAGGUCUCUGCCAAAACACAGAGGGAGAUUUCACCUGCUCCUGUCAGAUCGGUUACACAGUCCAGGAUGGACCAGAACCCUUUAAUCCAAACCGAGACGCAGCUUACUGCAAGGUGAUAGAUUGCGGGUCUCCUCCUUCAGUCCUCCACGCCGACCGGCUCUCCCCCACUAUCACACACUACAGCAGUGAACUCCAGUACGGCUGCCGGGAGGGAUUUCAGUGGAAGAGAGGACAGAAUUCAUCCGUCUGUGGUCUGGAUGGAAAGUGGCACGGACCAAGUUUGGUCUGUGAAGAAGUGGACUGUGGAGAACCUCAUGUUAUGCCUCAGUCAAAAAUGGUUUGGAAUAACAUAUCUCGAAUGGGAUCAUUGGCGCUGUAUGUGUGUGACCCACAGUUUUAUAACAGUGGACGUGAGAAUGUGUCAGUAUGUACUGCUCAUGGGACUUGGAGCCGUCCUGACUUCCAGUGUGAAGAGAUACAAUGCGGUUCUCCUCCGGUCCUGCCUCACUCAGUGUUGUUCUGGAACGGUGUCAGUAAGAUUGGUUCUGUGGCUCUGUAUAACUGUGUAACUGGAUAUCACAGUUUGGAUACAGGAAAUGUGUCCGUGUGUAAAACCGACGGUCAGUGGAGUAACCCAGACUAUUCCUGUGAAGAGAUUGUGUGUGGGGAGCCUCCUAUUUUGCCCCUCACUGUACAGAUAUGGAAUGGCAGAGUCACAUUUAACAGCACUGUAACAUAUCACUGCAAACACGGUUACUAUCCUAAACAAGGACAUAAUAUAUCUGUGUGCGCUGAGAACGGUUAUUGGACAAAACCUACUCUGUUGUGUGAAGAGGUGAACUGUGGCAUACCGCCUUCUCCCCCCCUCUCUGUUAUGAUAUGGAGAGGAGACACUAAAGUUGGAUCUAGUGUGUCUUAUAAGUGCACUGAAGGAUUUCAUAAUGUUAGGGAAGGAGAUACGUCAGUUUGCGAUUCAGAGGGAAUCUGGAGUGAGCCUGAUUUUCUGUGCCAAGAAGUAGACUGUGGGGUCCCCGUCUCACUACCUCACUCAGUUGUGUUGUGGAAUAGCAGCUCCAGUCUGGGCUCUGUGGCCCUCUAUGUGUGUGAAGCUGGAUAUCGCACUGUGGGUGAAGGGAAUGUGUCACUGUGUAACUCAAAUGCAAAGUGGAGCAAAGUUAACAUGCGAUGUGAAGAGAUAAACUGUGGACCUCCCCCAGAAUUCCCACUAACAGAUAUAAAGUGGAAGAAAGCAUCUGUACUGGGCAGUGUGGUUCAGUACAAAUGUAAAUAUGGACUCAAACAGGAGAGUGACAAAAACACGUCAACAUGUACAUCAGAUGGAACAUGGGAAAAAGUGUCUGUAACGUGUAUAGCACAUUGUGGCCCUGCACCAGAGGUGCCGCACGCAGAGGUAGCAUGGGACAACAACACUGCAGUGAUCCACCGCUGUGUUGAAGGACACUACAGACACACAGGAAGUGACAUUUCAAUAUGCGACAUCACAGGAAAGUGGCAGAUAGCCACCCUGCAUUGCAAAGAGCUAAAACUGAUAAUUAAUGAUCUGGUGGUGAUUAAUGAAAGAUGUCUGCACUGGAAUGCAGAGAACGAGGGAUAUAGGGAGAAAUACACAGUGACGUUUGUUGGAUUGCGAGAGUUUGAUCGGCUGUUCAAUGACAGGAGAAAAAAGAUGUUCAGCUCCAUGGCCCUGUUGCCUGUUCUUUGUUUAAAUCUCUUGCCUGCUACAAACUACACCAUAACCAUUACAGCCGAGUCCACACGAGCCACGUCUACAGUGACAGCAAACACUAGCAUACCAGUCCCCCCCACACCAGUAAUCACAUACAGUGAAGUAGAGGCUUCAUCGCCCACUCUCAGAUUACGGAGAUCGACCAACACACUUGACUCAAUAUGUAUGUACCAGGUGUUCGUGUUCCCAGUCGAGGGCGUGAUGCUGUUUGACUGCAGCUCGUCUGUAAGUCCGCGGUUCUUCUCGCAGCAGAGAUGUGACCGAGGGUACGUCACGGCCCAGAUCCAGCUCAGCGGUCUGAGUGCAGAACUGAACUUCACUGUCGGGGAUCAGCAGCUCUAUGGAGACUUCUUCAACGCACCUCUGGAAAACGGAAAAGACUAUUAUAUUAUCCUCCGCACUGUGUGUCAGUGGGGAAAGUCUAGAACACAGUCUUGUGUAAUCUGGGCUAAGGCCAGAGGAACAUCCUACAUCAUGAAGAUGUCUGCUCUUGUAACUGUUGGAUCCAUAAGUGCCGUUGGCUCAGUCAUUGUCAUAGGAUACUGGUACAGCUGGUACUGUAAAAAGUCCAGUCCCAGAUUUUUUUCUCCAGUUUUAUAAACAUGAUUAUUUUGUUCUGAAAUAAAGCUGAACUGUUUGCGAUACUGA